AUGAUACUCAAUCGCACUAAAGUCCUUCUUGUCAAGCUUGACGUUCUUCUCAAAUUCGCUCCUGCUUUUAUGGUCAGAGUGGCUUUCAGUAUGCUACAGAGCAAAACAGUAAGCAGCAAUUUUGCCGAGAAAGAGAAUAAGUUUGAGUGUCUUACCUGGCAAAAUGUCGAAAAUGAUGUUGUACGUCCUGUACGGUUCCUCGCCCGCAAUGGGCGCACCUUCUACGGCGACGCCAUCUUACCUCGCGGAGAAACGGACAUCUCCAAAGCAACCCAAGCACGUGUGAUCAAGGGGGAUGUUUUCGGCGCGCACACAAUCACCGACCAUGUCGCCAAUUCACAGGAUAUCCGCCUUCUUCUCGCUCCCCUCUCCCCAGACGACGUCCGUACAAUCCGCUGUCUCGGCCUCAAUUACGCCCAGCACGCUCAUGAAACCGGCAUGCCCAUUCCCAAAUACCCGGUCCUCUUCUAUAAACCAAGUACCUCCCUCACAGGGCCCCGUGACCCCAUUCCCGUGCCCAAGCCCACGCAGAUCGACGGACUCGACUACGAGUGCGAGCUUGUCGUCAUCAUCGGCAAAGAAUGCCGCGAUGUCAGUGAAAGUGAAGCACUCGACUACGUCUUCGGGUACGCAGUCGGCAAUGAUAUCUCGCACCGCGAAUGGCAGCUCAAGCGCGGGGGAGGGCAAUGGGGAUUAGGCAAGGGUUUUGACGGGUGGGCGCCUUUUGGGCCGGGGAUCGUGAGCGCGGAGUUGAUAAAGGAGCCGCAGAAAUUGAAGAUUGGGACUCAAUUGAAUGGGGUGAAAGUUCAGAACAGCACGACUGAGGAUAUGAUAUUUGGAGUGAGAGAGACGAUUGCGUUUUUGAGUCAGGGGACUACGCUUUUGCCGGGGGAUGUGAUUUUUACGGGCACGCCGCAGGGAGUGGGGUCGGGGAGGAAGCCAGAGCCGCUUUGGUUGAAGGAUGGAGAUGUGGUAGAGGUGGAGCUUGAGGGCGUGGGGACAUGCGUGAACAGAGUAGAAUGGGUGAGGGAGAAAGCAAAGCUUUAG